GAGAAUCGCAGCGUGACCUCUACUGCAGUUGAAAACACUCCGGAUCCGAGGGUGAAUCAAUUGGUCGCAGGGAUGCGAGUCGUUUUUGUUUGACACCUUACUCUCAAAUUACAGCAUCCCCAAACAGGCAUAUGUCCUCGGAGCCGCUUGAUUUCCGACUCGUGGAGAAUAGUGUGACAGUCGGCGCUGAGCCUGUUCCUGCACAGCAACAUCGACAUGGGUGUGAUCAGUGUGCAACUGGUGGUUACCAUGGUAAUGGCUUGCGUGAUUCAGAAAAUUAUACCUCACUACUCCUUCGCAAGAUGGCUGCUUUGCAGUGGCAGUCUGCGUUGGUACCAGCAUCCAACAGAAGAGGAGUUGAGGAGCCUCGCUGGAAAGCACCAGAAAGGAGGGAAGAACAAAAAGGACAGGAAAUACAAUGGGCACAUAGAGAACAAGCCACUGACGGUUCCCAAAGACAUCGACCUCCAGCUGGAAACGAAAUGUAUUGCCGAAGUGGACACACUAGCUUUGCACUACUUCCCGGAGUUUCAGUGGCUGGUGGACUUCACAGUGGCAGCAACAGCAGUGUACCUCAUCACUGAGCUGUACUUCUGUGUGGCUGAGAGUAAUGGAGAGAUGAACAUCAGUGUGGUGUGGAGUUUGUUAGUGCUGGCCUUUGUCAUUAAGAUCCUCUUCUCCCUCACGGCUCACUACUUUAAGCUGGAGGAAGGUGGCGAGCGAUCCCUCUGCAUCACCUUUGGGUUCUUCUUCUUUGUCAAAGCAAUGGCCAUCCUCAUUGUCACUGAGAACUACCUUGAGUUUGGACUUGAGACGGGUUUUGCUAAUUUUUCUGAAAGUGCUGUUCAGUUUCUGACGACCCAAGGCCUGCAGUCCCAGGGCCCCAUAUCCAAACUAACCUUUAAGCUGGCUCUGGCUCUACUCUGCUCUCUGAUUGGAGCAUUCCUCACCUUCCCUGGGCUGCGAUUGGCCCAGAUGCAUCUUGAUGCCCUCACCCUAAACAACAGCAAAGUCACACAGACGUUGCUGCAUAUCAACUUCUUGGCCCCACUUAUAAUGGUGCUGUUGUGGGUGAAGCCCAUUACCAAGGAUUAUAUAAUGAAUCCCAGGCUGGGGAAAGAUAGUGUGCCUUUGAUGUCAGAGAAGACGUACGACACGCUGCGCCUGUGGGCCAUUCUGCUGCUGUGCGCGCUGAGGCUGGCCAUGAUGCGCCACCACCUACAGGCCUACCUCAACCUGGCCCAGAAGGGUGUCGAGCAGAUGAAGAAGGAAGCAGGGCGUAUCAGCACAGUCGAGCUGCAGAAAAUGGUCGCUCGUGUCUUUUACUACCUGUGUGUGAUAGCCCUUCAGUAUGUUGCACCGCUGGUAAUGCUGCUGCACACAACUUUGCUGCUAAAGACAUUAGGUGGACAUUCCUGGGGCAUUUAUACUGAAGAGAAUGAGGACUGUCAUCUGGGGACAGCAGGACAUGCAGAAGCUCAGGCACCACAAACAGUGGCACAGCUCUCUGUGGCUUUGGGAGGACUGAGGACUGUUUUCACGCCUUUGCUUUUUCGAGGCCUCCUCUCCUUCCUCACCUGGUGGAUUGCUGCCUGUUUAUUCUCCACGUCUCUCUUCGGCCUCUUUUACCACCAGUACCUGAUGGCUGCAUAGCGACAGGCUACCUGUGGGCCAGUGCUAGCAGAGAAGACUGUACAGCCAAAGGCCCAGAAACUCCCUCCCUUUCUUUUCACAACCAUAUCUCUCUGACGGGCUUCCUUUAUGGACUUUGAUGUCCUUUUUUUUUUUUUUUUUUUUUUUUAAAGAAAAGUAUUUUCAGCAUCACAUUCGGUCAACCAUAGCGAACAAUAACAAUAAUAGUAAUAAUAAUGAUUAAUGAUUUGAUUUUCGUGAUGUUGGGAAGAGUGAAUGAAGGAUUGUCUCCUGUACAGGGGGUGUGUAUGUUGAUUUUAACAAUGCAGGACACCCAUGAAUCUCCAGAUGGAUGCAUUUUUAUGGGCCUUUUUUUGUUGUUCGUUUUAAACACACUGAGAAUUUUGGAGUUGUGCAUUGCUUUUUGAGAUGCUGUAUUUUUAGAGUUCUAAAUGGAUGAUAGAUGAUAUGCAAAAAAAAAAAAAAAAAAAAGCGGGGGUUUAAAAUGUGAUUUUAAGUCAUUUUUCACUUUCGCCUCUGAAACUUGGCUCUGCUGUAGGGAAGGUGGACACCCCCAGAGUUAUACAACUCUAAUAACUAACAAGUGUUGUAUUAAUGGCAAAGAAAAGCACUGGGGCUGUGGAUAGCACCUGGGAAGGAGGGGGGGUGUAUUAAUUAAAUGUGAGAGUUGUUUUUAUCUUUAUUGCCAGGCAGGUGCUUAAUAGGCCUUCUUGUUUGAGUUUGUGUAACUGUACAAAGACUGAGCUAAUUUAAUAGUAUGUGUGAGUGUGUGCAUGUGCGUGUGUGAGAACAGACAAGUGUUCGAAUAAAGACAUCAAUGCCUGCAGGCUGCAGCUGACCCCUGCCGCUUGCAGGCAUAAAUCUAAAAAGGGCAUUUUGAACAAGAAAGGAACGAUCUUUGGACACGAUCUAAAGCACUGGCCUCCGCUUUGCUCCUGCCUCUCCUUUUAGUUUAACUGGUCAAACGUUUUGCUUUGAAUCUAGGGUCCAGUGUGAUCAAACAGAGCCUGCAAGUGCAGCGCACAUGCUACCAUGUCAUGCCUAUUGAUUUGCUGUCACGGCUCUAGUGUUUGGAUUGAUUUCCGUUUAGCUUUAUAUUAAGGUGCCAAGGAUGCGUGUAAGCUCUAAUCUGUUGCGAGUGUAACUGCUUGUGUCCAUUCUCAGACAUAGAGCCAUGUGGACUGCUGUGAAAUGUAAGUAUUCACACUCAAACGUUCUCCACAGUGUACAAGCAAUGGGGGAAGAAAUGUCCCGGCUUGUUAACACGAAGAGCGUUUGGUGUGUUUUUGUGUAGCGGUAUAGCAGUGCAUGAGUCUGAAUUCUGCAGAUUUUUAUGAAUUUUGGUCAGUAAAAACAUGGGGAUUGCACUAAAGCUCAGACAGAUACCGGAUACACAUAUCAGUUUGAUUUGUAAUUGUGUCUUUUUUAUUAUUAUUAUUAUUAUUAUUAUUAUUACCAUUUUAACUCUUUUAUGAGUUGUAGAAGUCAGUCUUAUCCUCUCUCUCUCUCUCUCUCUCUCUCUCUCUCUCUCUCUCUCUCUCUCUCUCUCUCCCUCUCUCUCCAUUUUGCAUUUGGGAGAGUGUGCACAAUAUGAAUGUAUCAGUCUUGCAGUUUUGAUGUACGAUUUUUCACUUUUCAUUCGUUCAUUAUUUUUCCUGGUCCGACUACAAAUUUUCAACUUGGCCAAACCGGUGACAGUUUUGGUCAGUAUUGCUGACAAAUCAGUUAUUUAUUUAACAUGCAGUGGUUUAACAUUCAGAAGGCUGUCUGUUCCCUUGGAUAACACGCCUUUGAUUCAGUAUUAAAUCGAGGAAUGGGACAGUAACGAUGUUCCAAUAAUUAUGAACUUUGGCUGAAAUGUACUUUGCACAAUCAUCAACCAAUCAGUCGGUCAUAUAUCCAGUGUCAUUGGAACAUUUAUGAGCAUUUAAAAGCUCUUUAUCACUUGCAAGCAAGAAACUACUGACUUUGCCAAGUUAUGAAGUUAUCAGAUUCUUACCUUUUUGUCAUUUUCUAGCACUUCUAAUUUCAAACAUGUAGUUUAAGAGUGGCCAAGGAAGCAGAAGGAUGCUAUUUAUCAUUUACUAAAAACCUCUUUUUCAUCAUAGCUAUGUGUCUUUAAACAUGUCAAACCUAAUGACAAAUAACAUAUAAUCUUGGGUUCUUAAUUGGACUGUUUGGAUUUCGCAAGACAAAUUUGACAAAUCAUUUGUAAAAUUCCUAUUCUUUUUCUUUCUUUUCUUUUUUUUUCUUUCUUUUCUCCAUUGAGUUCUAGUGGAGAUGAAGCUGGGACACUUCUUAAAAUCCACAAACCAGAAUGGCCUUUUUUUGUCUUAACUGUGUUUUAUGUAUGGCUGUUCUACUGUUUUAUUUAUUAUUUUUUGUUAGUUUGUGUUUAAUAAAUGAAUGUUUAAGGGGAAAUUCUGCCAUUUUUGUUUUCUUAUUAUUAUUUUGUAGUUAUCGUAGUGUAUUUAAUUGAUUUGAUUGUAAAUUUUUGGACAUUUUCUGAAUUUGGUUUUAUGUGUUAACAGCUCAUUUUGCCAUUUUUUGCACACACACAUGCAUAUUAGCAUACAGCAGGUUUUCCUAUUCAUUAGUUAAAUAUUUAAUAGUUACAUACAUAUGUAUGUACAUAUGUAUCUAUAAACCCUAGCUAGAAAUCAGGGUCGGUGUGAAACAUCUGGAUACCCCCUUGGGUCCGUGCAAACUUACGCCAAGACCUUACAACGUAGUCACAGUAACACACGACCUCGCAUUUGCAAUAAAGCCAACUGUCGUUAAGGCAUCUGUUCUAGCUACUUGUUUCAACUAACAAGGAAACCUGGUUUUCAUCCAGGGUUCAUAGAACUAAAGUUACAUAUGUAACUAUUGUUCUGUUUCACCCUCCUGCUUGGGGGAUGGGAAACACGUACCGUAUGCCAACAAUGUCAUGAGGAAUACCGCUCACCUUGCAAAUACACAGAAAGAUGUUCAGAGAUGACCUUGGCACUCACCGCUGAGAGGGGGAAUGUUGAUCUUGAACACUAUGGAGAAGGUGCAUGGAGACAUCCAGGUAGCAGCAGAUGGAUUUAAUUAAACCACACACCUCCAAAUAAAAACCACGAGGAGAUGACGCUCCAUGGCCUUCGGUCUAAAGGCCAUGGUGAUUACAUUCACUACCCAGUAGGCCAGCAUCUGCUUAAACAAGGGGAACCAUUUUGUCUUUCUUCAAUGGCAAAUAUAGAGUUAGUCUGAGGAUCAGAUGUCUAUAGCCAGUCUAAAUAAUACUAGAGUACAAUAUUAUUAUUGUAGUACAGGGUGUGUAGGGUGCAUACCUGGUACAGCAAGGAAUGCCCUACACACCUACUACCUUCACUGAAAGAUACAAGGUUAAUCUGAUUUUCAAUUUUGGGUGCUAUGACCUUUGGUCUUCUGGUCACAAAUGCAUGCAAGAUAAGCUUUUCACAAAAGCAUACAACUCCCAACUUUUUUUGAAAAGAUUGGCAGUUGGCAAUUCAUUCUGAAGGACCAG